AUGUUUUUGGCUACGCUUUAUGCUGUUAGUAUUAACGCCUUUCCACAUCGACAUGACGAUUCACAAUAUGGAAAUUAUGGCUUUGUUUCUUGUGAAUCAAAUAUUCCCCGAGAACUUGACGUAUCCUAUACACCUAAUCCCCUAGUUUCAAAUGUUAAUGCUACGUUUGAAGUAGCUGGACGCCUACUUAUUGAUGCUCCAACAAAAUUCUUUCUUCAUAUCAUUGUAUAUACAGAUAUUCUCGAAUAUCAUGAUACGUCUGACGUAGAACCGGCAAGGCAUCUCAAAGCUGGAGAAUUAUUUAAUUUCUACGAGACUUUUACAAUGCCAACUUUAUCUGAACAUUACAAGAUUCAGGUUUCGCUAGAUUCUCUCGACACGACUCUAGCUUGUGCAAACGCGACCAUAUAA